AUGGGGAGCCCAGUUCUAGACGAAGGGGACUCUGUAUUUGACAAUGAAGACGACCCCGACUUGGAGUCCAUGCUAACAUCCUCCAGGCGGUAUCUUCCCCAGCGAACCCUCGACGGUUUGGUCUCUGCUGCGGACACUUCAGAACGUCUCCCUCUGGCUCCAGCCCCCAAACCAGCCCUAAACAUCCCAACCCACCACACGCUCUCCCCAGCAGAGCUAGGAACCUACAUCUACCCCACCAAUUUCGAGGUCCGUGACUAUCAGUACAACGUGGUGAGACGAGCAUUCUAUGAUAACCUCUUGGUGGCGUUGCCUACUGGUCUAGGCAAGACCUUCAUUGCAUCCACCGUCAUGUUGAACUUCUACAGGUGGUUUCCGGUGUCAAAAAUCGUGUUCAUGGCACCCACUAAGCCGUUGGUAGCCCAGCAGAUCAAAGCGUGUUGCUCCAUCACUGGUCUCCCCUCCAGCGACGUGGCCAUUCUUCUUGAUAAGACCCGCAAGAACAGAGGCGACAUCUGGGACUCGAAACGUGUGUUCUUCACCACUCCACAAGUAGUGGAGAAUGACUUGGCAUCAGGCAUUGUGGACCCCAAAUCCAUCUCGUUGUUGGUGAUCGACGAAUCCCAUCGUGCCAAAGGCAACUACGCCUACAACAAUGUGGUCAAGUUUUUGAACCGGUUCAACAAAUCGUUCAGAAUCCUAGCCUUAACUGCCACACCGGCAUCCGACGUGGAAGGGGUCCAAGAAAUCAUAGAUAAUUUGCUGAUCUCCAAGGUGGAGGUGAGGACGGAACGAAGCAUAGAUAUCAUCAAGUACAUGAAGAGAAAAAAGGUCGAGAGAAGGCUAAUUGGCCAAUCUCCCGAAAUUCUAGAGUGUAUCGACCUCUUGUGCACGGCAAUCGAGCCAGUGUUAAAGACAGCCAAUGAAAGAAAAAUCUACGAAAUGACCGAUCCCCUGAAGAUCAACUUUUUUCAUUGCAUGGAUGCAUCCAAAAGGUUGGUGAUGAAUAAAUCGAUUCCCGAAGGCUUGAAAUGGUCAAACUUUUUCAUACUCCAGCUCCUUGGAGUAGUCGGCCAAUGCUUCAAACGAUUAAACAUAUACGGGUUGAGAUCAUUUUUCCACUACUUCAACGAAAAGUAUACUGAGUUUACCAGCAAAUGGAGUAAGAAAAAAUCAAAAAACAAGCUUGCUGCCGAUUUUUACUUGAGCGACCUGAUUCGCAUGUUGAUUGAUAGAUCUAAAAAAUUCUUAGAUGAUCCAGAUGUGUUCAGUCAUCCCAAAAUUGAGGCAUUGAUGGAAGAAUUGCAAGAAUUUUUUGAGGAUGGGGUGCAGAAAGACUCUAAAGUAAUCAUUUUCACCGAGUUUAGAGACUCUGCAUUGGAAAUCGUGCAGUCAAUUGAACGCUUCGAUAGAGGUUUGAAGCCCCACAUUUUCAUUGGACAAGCGAAAGAGAAGGAUAGAUUUGAUGAGGAAAAUGUCGGUAAAACAAAGAAGAAAGGUAAGGGUAAAGGUAAGAAGACCGAAAUUGACGAGUUGGGGCCUAGCACAAGAACCAGCUCUGAAGAUGCUCAAAUCAAAGGAAUGAAUCAAAAACUUCAGAAAGAAAUUAUUAAGAAGUUCAAAGGAGGCGAAUACAACAUCUUGGUUGCAACCUCUAUUGGUGAAGAAGGUUUAGAUAUCGGAGAGGUGGACCUUAUCGUUUGUUAUGAUUCUACAAGCUCUCCAAUUAAAAAUAUUCAGAGAAUGGGAAGAACUGGCCGUAAAAGAGAUGGUAAAGUGGUUCUUCUAUUUUCUGGAAAUGAGGAAACAAAGUUUGACAAAGCUAUGGGGGGUUACGAGUAUAUCCAACAACAUAUAAUGAAGGGAAAUCUAAUCACCUUGGCAGCUCGAAACAGGAUUAUUCCGGAUGAAUAUGAACCGCAAGUUGUGGAGAAGUUCAUUGACUUGCCUGAUGAAAAUCUCGAGAUUAAUUCAGUUGAUGACGAAGAUGAGAUUAUAAAAAUAGCCACUCAGUAUAUGAUCGGAAAAUCGAAGUCCAAAAAGUCAAAAGCGUCGUCUACUGCAAAACAAAAGAAAAGAUUCAACAUGCCCGAUGACGUAGAAACUGGUUUCAGAAGCGUUACCAGUAUGUUACAAGCAGAUAAUACUGAUCUUGGAGUUCACAAACCGUUGGAAAAAGAUUUACUCGACAAAAUUCUCGAUUCGGACAGCGAGCCUGAUGUUGAAGCUCCUCAGAAUGCACAAGAUUAUUCAUACACCGGUAAGUUGAAUUCUGCGAACUCACCUUCAAAAUCAAAGACCGAUGUUGAACAAUUUCCACAGAACUCCGACCAAACUGAACCUGUCAUUCCAGAUGAUUCUGACGAAUUCAGUAGUGAUGAAGAAUUAGACCGAAUGUUAGGAAUGGGACACACAAAGUCAAAUACAAAAUCCAGUAUUAGCGCCCAAGAAGCACGAAUUUCCGAAACAAACGUUGAUGAUCCUCUCCCUUCUACCCGCUUAAAGAGGGCGCCUGAAUACUCUCAGAAACAUACUCGCAAUAAGGGUUCCUUAGGAGUGAAGAAACCGAAACCCAAUGAUAUACUAGCGCAAAUCAAGCAACAGCACAUGAAACAAAAACAGUAUACAGACCUUGAAGUGGAUAUUGACCUAGAAUUACCCGACUAUGAAGUGUCUCGUGUUAACAGCAUUAAGGAAAGUGACAGCAACAAUCCGUCACUGCAUACUUCCGAUGAAGAGGAAAUGUUCGAUGAUGGACUAGAUGAAGAGUUAGCGUUGAUUUCAGAGGACAACCUAAAUUCCAAGAGUAACACUCAGAUCUCAGCACCAGUUUCUCAAACCAGUGUGCAUCCAGAAAUCUUCAAAACCGAAUUUGGACCGCUGGAAGGAUUAUUGAAUGAGGAAGAACAAAUCGAACUAUACACUUCAUAUUUCACAACGAUUCCUCCGGAAGAACAAAUAACUCAUUUUGAUCCAUCCCAUGGAAUCCACCAGAGCCCGGGACAAAAAAAGACUGCCUCGCAUGGCAGAAUUGGUCAUAGUAAAACGACCAACCUUCUCCUUAAUAUGUAA